UGCGGCUGCCCGCCGGGCUUUACGGGCUCUGGAUGUGAAAAAUCCUGCCUGCCAGGGACCUUCGGUGAGGGCUGUGCUCAGAUCUGCCAGUGUGCCGGAGCCACCCAGGAGUGCCACCCCGUCACCGGGGCGUGCGUCUGUGCCCCCGGCUUCCACGGUCCCACCUGCCAGCUGGCAUGCUCCCCCGGGUGGUACGGCCGUAACUGCGAAAGGCCAUGCAAGUGCAAGAAUGGGGGCCUGUGUGACAUUACCACAGGGAUGUGCCACUGCCCGGCUGGCUACAUCGGCGCUGACUGCAGUAUCGGAUGUCCUGCUGGUCGCUACGGCACAGACUGUGCGCGGCUGUGCUCCUGCGGGGACGGCGCUGCCUGUCACCCCGUCACCGGAGACUGCGUUUGCCCACCAGGAAGAGCUGGGCCUGCCUGUGAGCAAGAAUGCCCGCCGGGAAGGUACGGUGCUGACUGCCAGCUCCGCUGCGCCUGCCUGCACAACGCUACCUGCGACCCGGGGACGGGAGCCUGCCGCUGCCCCGCGGGCCACUACGGGCCCCUGUGUGAACACAGCUGUCCCCCGGGCUUCCAUGGAGCCGGCUGCCGGGAGCGCUGCGACUGUGAGCACGGAGCAGGCUGUGACCCGGCCACCGGUCGCUGCCAGUGUCCUGCUGGGCUCCGUGGCGAGCGCUGUCAGACAGGCUGCAGGGAAGGAACGUACGGCGAGGGCUGCCAGCAGCUCUGCGACUGCGUCGGCAACGCGCCCUGCGACCCAGCCACGGGGCGCUGCCUGUGCCCCCCUGGGAAAACCGGCCCCAAGUGCGGUUCAGAGUGCCGGCCGACCGAGUACGGCCCGGACUGCAGCCUGCCCUGCCAGUGUGCCCCCAGCAACUCCUACUGUAAUGCUCAGAACGGCCAGUGCCUCUGUCUGAACGGGUACACGGGACCGACGUGUCGGGAAG